GGGCGGGAGCAGGUGAGGCUUCUAGAGAUGCAGGUGAGACGAGUGCACGUCUCAGUUGAGAUCUGUCAUAACUCACCAUCGUCAGCAGCAGCUCACACGGACCUCUGAGGACUGACUGCAACGCUUCACCACGCAUUAUGACUUCAGAAAGAGCAAAAGAACCGCCUCCCUAUCUUAUACCAGGUGAGAGCAGUGGAGUGAAGGUUUACCAUGUCCACACCCCAUUUACACCUCCCACCCAACAGGACGCCUCUGCCACUCAGAUCAACCCAGUCUUCACAGGGGGAACAAUGAGCCCAAGCGUAGGAGCUUCAGAAGACAAAAAAAAGUAUGUUAGCUAUGAAGGGCCACUGGGGCGUACUCCUGCCAGGACAACCUGCUCCUCCUGCCAGAAACAGGUCAUGACUGACGUCCAGUACAAGGCAGGAACAUACGCAUGGCUCAUGUGUUUACUCUUCAUCUGCUGUGGGUUGAUUCUGUGCUGCUGCCUGAUCCCCUUCUUCCUGAACAACUUUAAAGACGCCUACCACAAGUGCCCUCACUGCCAAAGAGUCCUGUAUGUUGACAAGAAACAGUGCUGUAAAUGACAAACUGCACGAAUGGAUCCACGGAAAUAAGAAACACAGUUCACUCCGCUUUAUCUGUAUUUGUCUGGUUCACCCAGUGGACAACACGGUCAUUUUCUGACACAAACAGAGGAAGGUCACUCGUGAAAUGUAGCUCAUUUUUAUAGAUGAACCGUUGUAAUAAUCAAGGUCAAAUCAAACAUUCAAGACUCAAUGCUGCAUCACAUUGUUAGCCGACACGCAGGGAAUUAUUGCGGUUGACGUCCUGAAUAUCACAAGAUCCAGCAAGUUAAAAAUCACAUGCACUUUUAUGUUCCGGGAACUGUUACAUUGUCAGAAACUUUUGCAAAACAUCAUGCUGUUAUAAUGAAGGUGUGUACAUAUAUUUUAUAAAAAUAACUUUUGUUUGAAAGGGGUUGUGCAUUUACAUUUUUAAACUAAUCAGCUGUCUAUCUGAAGGGGCUGUCCAUUAUUUUAACCCUUUAAAGCCAACAAAUGAAAUAAUACAAAAAAAUGUAUUUUUAUUUGAAGUGUUAAUUGGAAUCAAAAACACUUCAAAUUCUGUAUUAAAACAAUAUCUAAAUUAUUAUUUUCCUUAUUAUGAAUACAUUAGGUACAUUUACGUCUUUUUUAUUUAUUUUUUUUAUCAUUUUUUGGUUAGUAUGAAACUAUUUUAUUCUUUCUUAAUUAACAUGAUGCUACAAAGAUUUCAGAAAUUCAUCUAUCAAAUAUGAUACAUCUGGCAUUAUAGGGUUAAAGAAAUAGCAGCUCUACGAAAGAAGUCAGCACAUAACCAACAUUAGUCCAGACUUGAAGGAAGAAGUAUGAACAUCUGCUCAUAGGCUGUAAUUGUUCAGUAAAUCUGUGUUGUCCUUUUGUUACAAGUUUAUGCAAAAAAGAAAUGAACCAUUCGAAAAAUACAAUAAAAGCCACUUCUGACCACAUGGAGACAGCUUAUCACAAAGUUGAAGAGUGAACCAAAGAUGGGGCUUAAGACAGGGAACCUCUGGUGGGACAAAGUACUCAAUAUGCCCCCAUGUGGUUGGAAAUGGUACUGCAGAGAGUGGCUUUUAACCUGUGUUGCUUAUUAUUUAAUAUGUAUACUAUAAGAAAGAAAUGUACACUUUUUAUUCUUAAGUGAUGGGAUAUAAGGACAAUAUGAGAGGUUCAAGGAAAAGCUGGCUUACCACACAACAGUGGUCAGAUGUGAAUAUGAUGAAUAAUCUUCUUUAAAUAUAGGAAUAAUUUGAAUUCACACUUGGAUUACAUGAUUACACUUUGACUCGGGUCCUUCACUGUGAUUAACGAUUUGAAAGCAAUGUGUCUCAAAUAAAAGUUGAUUAUACAGAC